UUGGCAUCAGUUUAAAACUAGUUCUUAAUACAACAAUUAAAAACAAAAAACUUGAAAUCAAAAUGACAAAAAUAAUUUUCCUUACUUUCGUUGGAUUGAUUUGCUUCGCAUUUUGUUCAGCAAAUUCCAUUCAAAGUGAAAUUGAAGAUGAUGAAACUCUUGCUGAAAACUUUAUUGAAAGUGAAGACGAUUUUGACGGCAUUUAUUUGGUUGAAGAUGGAGAAUUGUUUAGAGGUGUCAAAAGUUGUAGAUUGAUUCCAAAACCUCUGAGAAAUACAGUUUGUAACAACUUUUGCAUGAAAGUUCUAAACAGACCAGGACGUUGCGAGAAAAAGAAAUGCAAAUGUCAAUAACUGCAAUUAAAACUUUACGAAAAUUUAACAAUCAAAAAUAUUUUAAUUUGUACCUAAUUAUCCCAAAAUGAUUUCAUCAAUAAAGCUGCUUUACAUAUCUGAACAA